CAUAUUGUGGGGCGCAUGCGCAACAGCAGCCCCGAGUCCUUUAAAUGUACUGUACGUGCAAAGAUGGCAGCUCAAGUCGACUUGCUCCGUGCGAAAGUAGAAGGAGAAAGGGUGAGGGACAGUCUGGAGAGGUUCAUUAAAGAGAGGAAGAAAAAGAAGAAGAAGAGGGAGCUGUCGCCGUCAGCUGACAAGCGGGAGAGGAGUGAGAAAGAAGCGAAGAGGGUGAAGCUCCAUCAUCACCACCAUCACAACCACCAGCCGCAGCCGCACGCUGAGCACCGGACACACCAGCCGCAUCAGCUGCAGCACAAUCCCAAAGCCCACAACUUCAGCGCGGAUAAACAUGUCCUGCACCACCACCACCACCAUCACCACCACCACCACAGCCUCACCAACGGUACGAAGAAGAACUUGCAGCCGACUUUUCCUCCUCCUCCGCCGCGGAAGGUGCCGGAGCAGCUGCAGAAGAAGCGAGCGGUGCCCGCACAGACACCUGCGCUCUUCACUUUCACGCCCCUCAAAGUGGUCAAGGCCAAACCCCAGGAUUUCAAAGAGAAGCACCUGGACAAAGAUGUGAAGCUAAAGCUGAAGAAGGAGAACACGGAGGCCAAUGUGAAACAUGCGGAGCUGAAGAAGAAGAAGGAGCCAAGCCCCCACAAUGAGAAUGCAAAGUCCUUAACACUGGAGGAGUAUCUCCUGAAGAAGAAAAAGAAGAAGAAGAAGCAUCAUGAUGAGGCGCACGGUGCCAAAAAGGUUCGACACAUGCACAACAAAGCUGUUCAGACCGUAUGUGAGUUGUUCGGAGCAGAUCUCCCGAUGCCCAUUCGCCCUGAGCCUUCUCUGCCUGGAAACGUGAAGCCUGAAACCAACCACCAUCCCGGCAGAGACCCUGUCGACAACCGCCCGCCCUACCUCCAUGCUCUCAAGCUGGGUCACGUCCCCUUCCUCUCCCAUCAAGACCACUACAUCCGCAGCUCCUGCCUCCAGACAGGGACCUGCUAUGGACGCUUCAUACAUGAGGAAAGACAAGCCAACGGUGGGGGAUUAGUUCUGCACGCCUAUGCCGAUGAGUUAGCCUGUCUUAGUCCAGUUGAGAUGGAGUGCUUUGCCCAGGAGUUCCUGGAGUUGGCCUUUGCUGAGAAGCCUCGAGGUGCAGCCUCCUAUGCCUUGGCGGUGGUGCACAGGGCGGCUGCUUACCUACCUGACUUCCUGGACUACUUUGCCUUCAACUUCCCCAACACACCAGUCAAAAUGGAGAUCCUGGGCAAGAAAGACAUUGAGACGACCACUAUUGCCAACUUUCACUCUCAGGUGAACCGGACUUAUUGUUCAGGAACUUACCGAGCUGGACCUAUGAGGCAGAUCAGCCUGGUGGGAGCCGUGGACGAGGAAGUCGGAGACUAUUUCCCAGAGUUCCUGGACAUGCUGGAAGAAUCCCCAUUUCUCAAGAUGACCCUGCCGUGGGGAAGCCUCUCCAGUCUGAAGCUGGACUGUCGCUCUCAAAGCGAUGACGGGCCGAUCAUGUGGGUGCGACCCGGAGAACAAAUGGUGCCCACGGCUGACAUGCCCAAGUCUCCUUUCAAACGGCGCAGAUCCAUGAAUGAGAUCAAAAAUCUGCAUUACCUGCCGAGGACCAGCGAACCCAGAGAGGUUCUGUUUGAGGACCGGACUAAGGCCCAUGCUGAUCACGUUGGCCAGAGUUUCGACUGGCAGAGCACUGCUGCUGUGGGUGUACUGAAGGCAGUGCACUUUGGAGAAUGGAAUAACCGACCUCGGAUCACCAAAGAUGUGGUGUGUUUCGAUGCCGGAGACUUCAAUGAAGUUGUCCAGAGGCUGCAGCUGGAUCUGUACGAGCCUCCAGUGUCUCAAUGUGUCCAGUGGAUAGACGAUGCCAAGCUCAACCAGCUGAGGAGGGAAGGCAUCCGCUACGUCAGAGUCCAGCUCUGUGACGACGACAUUUACUUCAUCCCAAGGAACGUCAUCCACCAGUUCAAGACGGUGUCGGCGGUCUGCAGCCUCGCCUGGCACAUCCGCCUCAAACAGUACCACUCGGAAGACACGGAUAAGAAAGAAGAGCAGCAACCCAACGAUCUCAGCCCCACCUCGGGCCGAGUCUCUUUCUCCUCCCCUGCCAGGCCCGAUGCCACAAUAACCCCCUGCGCAAGGCCACAGGGAGACAACAUCCAAGGCGGGGUGGCCAAAACUGAGGAGCCAGAGUUCCAGAGGCCUGCAACACCUUCCCAGGAGCCUCAGCCAGCUCCUCCCCAGCCCACCAAGUCUGCUCACCUCCCGGCCACAUACCACGAUCCUCACCUUUUCCUCGCCCCGGUCCACUCUGGAUGUACGCCUUCAAAAGAGCCCAGCCUGCCAAAAGCUCGUGGCCACACUGCAGAGUUCCCUAAAUGACUUUCUUCCCCACUCCUCUGCCAUCUCUCUUUCUGUACACUGUGGGAGGAAGUAUGUAAAGGAAUUUUUAAACUGACAUGUGUGUCAAUCAGGUUUUUCGACUUAAAUUAUUCUUCAGACUUUUUAGAUCUUUAAAUGUUGGUUUAAAUGUUCCCAGAUGUUUGUUUUUCCAGCCAAAGUAUACUGCUCAAUGGGACUGUACAAUACAUGUUGUGUUAUUUUAUAUUAUUCACACCUAAACUGGAACUCUCUACUGUCUUCAGAAAGGUGUGAGAAGCAAUUAUUUUUUUUGACUGACGUUAGAAGCUGCCAAUCUUACUGUAUGAGGCGAGUUUUUAAUUCAUACUGAAGGUUCGGCUGUUACGCUUUUGACAAACCUAUUUAAUAGAAAGACUGAAGUCAUGAAUGCAGGAUUCCGCAAAUGCUUAAGGAUGUGAUUACUCUGGAAGCUUGAUACCAAUGUAAAACUGCGCUAUUAGUUUCAGUGAAGGUGGCAUGUAGACGAACAUUAUCAUGAGGACACUGAGGAUUCUGUUCGUUGUCAGUUGUCUGCAAAGGGCCGCCAUGCCUUUGCCAUGUGAAUCCAGAUUCUGUCACAUUUUGGAGUUUGUGGAUUAGUCACACGCAGUAAACAUAGGCUAAUAACUAAUGAAGCGGAUUAGUCUGUUUAAGGUUAUCUAAUUCAACAUUUUUGUCAGCUUUAUAAGUUGUGCUUUCGACAGCUCUUUAUUUAAAUGCUGUUUUAUACAGGGCCCUUUUCUUACUGUUGAUACAGUUUUUGAUAUUUUAUUUAUUUUCUUAAGCUUAGCAUAUGAAUGCAGGUUUAUAACCGGUGAUGAGUAUUUAAGAUUAUGAUCAAGUUAUGAGAGUGCCUCUAAAUGACGAAGGAUUCGCGGCUAUUGCACUUAGCAAUAAUGGUCUGAACUUUUUGCGUGGAAAAAUAUUUAUCCAGAAUCUGGUAUGUAAAUAUUAGGUUGCUGUUUUUGCUGGGAAUAUGUGGAUGCUAUCACUCAUUCUUCACUUGAUUCAAAACCAUUUGCACCUUUUAGUUUUAGCUGGUAAUGCCACUAGGUCGAUGAAGACACCAUUGUAGAGGGUUACCGUGGUUGUAUCCACUUGUUUUGUGUGUAAUUGUGCGAUUUCAGAGCAACGGAAGCCACUUGUUCCUUUAUGUACAAUUAUAAAAGGUGAUCUGCUCCACUUUCUGGUCAAAAUCCCUUUUAAAUCGACGGCAGUGGAUCAUUUAAUUGAGAUUUACAGUUCAUCUGAAUCUUUCAGAGGCCUUCAUGUUGUCCUCUAAAAGUGAUGAUGUUAAUGCUCUGCCGCUGACUACAUCUUAGUGCCUUGUACUGUAAUGGGUUAGCCUCAUUUAAAGCUGUUUAACGUUUAUUUGUUGAGUAGGAUGGUAAAGUGGGGACUGGCCAAGCCACCAUAGUUAGUCUGUCUUGUUUAUGUUUGUUAUUAUUUAUUUUUAAAAGUAUUGCUUUCGUGAUGCUUUUUUGAUUUCUACAUUUGCAUGUCACCUGGAAGCAAAGAAAACACUGCAUCAUCGUGUAUUUUAAAAUUAUGCCUUUUGUACAAAAUAGAGCCUGUUCAGGAAGAAGAAUGGCUAGUUUUGUUUGUCAGAGAUAUGGCUUACCUAACUAAAUAAAUGUAGAGUUAAAGUGA